UCAAAACAAGUUCAGGAUCUUGCUGUCUUCUGCAUGAAGCAAAGUUUCGGGCAAAAAAUAACUCAAUAGCUGCGAAGCUGAUUGAUAUACGGACUGAAUUGUUGUCUAUGGGGAAUGUGUGCAAAGUUUACCUUGUUUUGUUUAAAUAUAAAUAUCUCUGAUGAGAUGGGUCCAGAGAAAAGUGGAAUUUCCGACACCGAGUUCCUUCCAAUUCCAAAGCAGUUUUGGCAUUUGGAUCCCGUGAACAGAUCGUAUGCAAAAAUGUACAUUGCUGAUAUUCUGCAGUUGGAGCGGUACCCGACUGGCGAAGGUGCCUUUGCAUACAAGAAUCAUCCCAUCUACAGAGUGGACAUCAUUGGAUGGCUGGUUAGAGUAGAGGAACGAACCAGUAUGUUUCAAUAUGGAGUUGAUGAUGGCACGGGGGUGAUCAACUGUUGCUGUUGGAAAUCAAAGAAAGUGGAUGAACAAUUUGGUAUAGGCGAUGGCGCAGCAUUUAGUGAUAUCGUCCUGGGUAAAGUGGCCAAUCAUGAAAUGCGGCAAUCUCUGUGUUUUGAACUUGGAGAUGUGAUUCACGUCAGAGGUCGUCUGAAGCAUUAUCGCAACAGACUGGAGGUGUCUGCUUCGUAUUACAGAAAGCUUGAAGAUCCAUGCUGCAGGACUGAAAUCUACCGAAUGGAGGCAUUACCAAACCUCUAUGAGAAUGUUUAUGACCGUCCAUUUGUUCUUCCGAGCCACAUGGUAAAGGAGUUGAAAGUUGAGAAAGAGGCAAAAAGGACAGGACUGACGAGGGAGGCUCAUCUGAUUGAUCAACUCUUUAAUUAUCUUCAAAGUCACCUUGCUGAUAGACACACAGGAAUCAGGAAUUUCCACUUGAAUGAACUGGAGACCAUUGAUGCAGUCAUGACAAUUGCUUCAUCCCCAUGUCUGGAGUACAGAAAUGAAAGAGGGAUUGGCUCUGCCCCGUCCAAGCAAAUCCGGAGCAUCAUCAAGCAAGCAGUUCAGAGGUUGGAGAAAGACGGAUGUGUGUAUCGCAGUGGUAUGAGUCAAGACAUGUAUGAGGUAGUGCACAGCUCAACUUCAAGUUUGGAUCAAACCAUUCUGGAGAUACUGAGAUAUGACUGCCAGCUCAUAAAAUAUGAGGGAGGCUGUCAUUACAUGCAUGUCAUGGACCGACUGCAUGGAGACCGAGACUUCCAGAACGUCUCAGCUGAUACGGUGAGGUUGGCCUUGUCACGGCUGGAGGAAUGUAGCGAAGUCAUCAGUGCCACAUCUAAACACUUCAUCCCGGUCAGAUGACCCAGGCCAAAAACGAGGUCGUGAAGCCACUUGGCCCAGGUCAGCAACAAGGUGAAGAGGUCCGUGGAGCCGACACAGAAAGGUUUGGUCGUGUCACGGCUGGAGGAGCAUAGCGAAGUCAUCAAGGCAACACCUUAACACUUCAUCCCAGUCAGAUGACCCAGGUCAGAGAUGAGGACUGAUGAUCGACCCAGGUCAGUGACAUGUUCAAGAGGUCAGACCAGCAAACCGAAUGCUGGUGGCCUGAUCAUGGAUGACUGAAGUCAGCUGUGCUACUUCAAACACUUCAGCCCAGUCUGAUGUCAGUUGUCCCUGGUCAGUGACUAAAGGUCAAGAAUUCAGUUGACCCAGGUCAGUGACUAAGUCAAGAAUUCAGUGGACCCGGGUUAGUGACUAGGUCAAGAAUUCAGUGGACCAAGGUAAGUGACUAGGUCAAGAAUUCAUGCAGUUAACCCAGGUUAGUGACUAGGUCAAGAAUUCAGUGAACCCAUGUUAGUGGACAGGUCAAGAGGUCAGUUCACCCACGCCAGUGACAUGGUAAUGAGGUCAGUUGACUCAGAUCAUUGAGUCAAUAGGUCAGUUGACCCUGGAGUUACGUGAUCAAGAAUUCAGUGGUCCCAGGUUAGUGACUAGGUCAAGAAUUCAGUGUUCCCAUGUUAGUGGUUAGGUCAAGAUUUUAGUUGACCCAGGUUAGUGACUAUAGGUAAAGAAUUCAUGCAGUUGACCCAGGUUAGUGACUAGUUAAAGAAUUCAGUUGACCCAGGUUAGUGACUAGUUAAAGAAUUCAGUUGACCCAGGUUAGUGACUAGGUCAAGAAUUCAGUUGACGCAGGUUAGUGGACAGGUCGACGAGGUCAGUUCAACCAGGUCAUUGACAUGGUAAUGAGGUCAGUUGACUCAGAUCAUUGAGUCAAUAGGUCUACCCUGGAGUUACGUGGUCAAGAGUUUGGUUGAAAAAGUCAUAAGGUCAACAGGUCCAUUGGACCAGGUCUGUGAUAAGGGAAAAAAGUCAAUGCAGCUGACCGCAAAGUUUCCUUGUCAUGGCUGGAAGAACACAGUGACAUCAUCAGUAUACCCUCCAAACAUUUGACCCAGGUCAGGAACGAGGUCACAAGAUUAGCCAACCCCAGGUUAAGAGGUCAGUAGGGACGACACAGCCGGGCUAGAGGAACAUAGUGAGGACAUCAGUAACAUUUUAUCCUGGUCAGUAAACCCAGGUCAUUAGUGAUAAAGGUCAUUUCUCAUAAUCCACAGAUUGUUUGUCGUAAGUAAUCUUAAAAUCACCCAAUGGCCCGCCUGGAACUGUAAGCACACAAAAGUAUCAAGUUUAUCCAAUCUUGCAGGCAGUGCCAGCAUUUAGCAUUUUUAUUUCAAGAAAAUUGCUUUUUAUGAAAUAAUAUUACUUCAAAAUUAUAAGAAAAAAAACAAUACCACAUACAGUCUACUGUGCUAUUGCCAUGCAACAUGAAUAUAAAUGCGAUCUCAUUAUGAUCAAGGACAAAAUUAUUGAGGGAAAAAAUAUUUGUAUGAUUUCCACUAUUCGGGAUAUUUUAUGCAGCACAUAGUUCCAAUCUCAACAUAAGGACAACCUGUAGUACAUGUAUUACAUUGUAUGAAUUGCAUGUACAUGUAAAUUGUAAGUACAUCCAUUUUCACCAAGGGUAAUACAUUGUAUGAGACAGUGAAUCACAUUAUUUAACAAUGUAUCACACCAUGUAACAAUUUUAGUAGAAGUGGCAAAAUUAUGUUCAACAACAGAGACAAAAUCUGAAACUCUGGGAUCUUGUUUAUUACUUCAACAUUUCAGUUUUUAUUGCGCGAUCCUUGUUUUGUUGCAAUACAGAUUCAUAAGGCAAUAUAAAUCAUUGAAGUACACAUGUGUUUACUUAACCGAGACACUGUUGUCAUAUAACCUUGACAUGCUCAUGUUCAAGCCAAAAUUUAUGGCUGUUUUCAGGAACUUAGUACAUGUACAUGUGCUCUGUGAAGGCAGUGAACAUUGUGUAGCUCUCCAUUGUUAUUCACAGUUGCAUGCACAAAAUGAAUUGCAGGAAGUUUCACUGUAGAAACCCUGUGAACUAGAAACGAUAACAUUUGGGCAAUUCAAUGCAAGGUGGGACUUGGCUGAAAAGUUGAAAAUUUAUGAAAUCUUCAGAACUACAAGCAUCACAACCUCAAUUGUGGUAUCAAAUGAAAGGGGACAACAAGGCCUUUUAUUUGAAUGGGGUGCCAGUGAGAUAAAAUGUGGUUAUUUAUGUUUUUGGUAAAAAAAACCCUGGCUUUUUUGGGGUAAAUUUAUAAGUUUUAGGUACAUGUAGUCAUUUUGCCAUCUUGUUUGCACAUGCACAAUGCAAGUGGUUUUGUGAGUUUUUGUUUUUGAAGCAUAGAGAAAGGGUUAUAUUAUAUUUUUUUUGCGUCCCUAACGUUACAAUGUAACCUCUGUAACAACAAAAGCAAGACAUUUCCAUAACAUCAAAGUUCCAAUUUGUAAAAUGUCAUUGGUGUUUUAUAGAGUACCGUACUUCAUUAAAUUCUGGCAAGAAACUUCAGAGACUUUUAUCAAUGCAUACUGGCAAGAAACCUU